CUGCAAUUACUCCAUUCCUGCCGCAUCUUCUUCCUCAUCAUCCCCUCCUUCGUCUUCUUCAUCUUCUCCUUCUCCUUCAACCACUUUUAACUUUUUCCCGUCUCUCUCCCACUAUUUUUUUUCAUGUCCUUUUCCUCUCCUCGCCGUAUCCAAACAAUUCUCACCUAAAUUCCACUCACAAGAAAAGCACCGUUGUAAUAACACCUCAAAUCUCUUCAUCUCUACACCUCCCUUCACUCCAAUCUCCUUAUCUCCAAUACUCAUCUCUCUCUCUCUUUCUCUCACAAAACCCUAAUUCCAGAUAAGGGUUUUCAUCCCAUUUCAUUUAUAAAAAGUAAUUCCAUUCCAUUCCAUUUCAUUUGAUUCAAAAACCACCUUAAUUUUCGCCUUUUUCCUCACAUUCCUGUUUUAUUUUUGGUUAAUCCCGUGGGCGGUUACGACUAGCAACGGUCUAAAAAAAUAGAGUGGCAAAUUUGAGUUCACACUGGAAAUAGAAAAGCCUUCCCUGCUAAAUACAAUUUCUUGUUUGAGUGCUUGAGUGCAUUGGCACGUCACGACAAUGGAGAUUAGAAAGUCUUGUUUUGAACCCCAAAACCAGGAAUUGCAAAAGUGCAUCAAACCUUAAAAGAAACAAUCAAACAAAAGGCGUCCAUCGCUAGUCUGUUGUUACAUGUAACUAUCCCAUUUGCUUUACUUUUCCCCCUCUGCCAGAGAAUCUCUACACUAACUUUUAGAAACCCAUCCCAACUCUCUUUCUCCUAUAUAAACCCCCAUUUGCCAGAGUUGCACACCACACCACACCACACUUUCUUAGGGUUCAUUUGGUUUUGCUUCAUGCCAUCUUCUCCGGUUGAAUAAAAUUCUCCGCCCCCCCGAAUAAUCCCCAGAAAGAAUAGGAGAUAUGUUUCAGCCGAAUAUGUUCGAUGGCCACCAUCACUUGCUGGAGAUGGCGCAGAAGACGCCGGAAAACGAGAUGGAUCCGAUAAGAGACGAAGAGUACGAGAGCAGAUCCGGGACUGAUAUCAUGGAGGUGCCAUCUGGCGAUGAACAGGAUCCGAAUCAACGCCCGAAGAAGAAGAGAUACCAUCGCCACACUCAGCUCCAGAUCCAGGAAAUGGAAUCAUUCUUCAAUGAAUGCCCUCACCCGGACGACAAGCAGAGGAAGGAGCUCGGCCGUCGUCUGGGGCUAGAGCCGCUGCAGGUUAAGUUCUGGUUCCAGAACAAACGCACUCAAAUGAAGGCGCAUCACGAGCGUCAUGAGAAUUCUCAACUGAGGAACGACAACGAGAAGCUUCGCGCAGAGAAUAUUCGCUACAAGGAGGCUCUCGGCAACGCCACUUGCCCUAACUGCGGCGGCCCAGCUGCCAUUGGCGAGAUGUCGUUCGACGAGCAGCAUCUCAGGAUCGAAAACGCUCGUCUACGAGAAGAGAUUGUGAAUAUGCAGAUUGAUAGGAUUUCUGGGAUUGCUGCCAAAUAUGUUGGGAAGCCAAUGCUGCCAACCUAUCCUCCCAUAGCCCCGGGCCCGUCUCGGUCGCUUGAUCUUGGAGUUGGGAGCUUUGCUGCUGAUUCUGGGGAUGUUUUUGGAGCUGGUGAUAUCCUCAGGUCUGUCUCGGGCCCUACUGAAGCUGAUAAGCCAGUGAUUAUCGAGCUGGCGGUCGCAGCGAUGGAGGAACUCGUCAGGAUGGCUCAAGCUGGUGAGCCCUUGUGGCUGCAGACCACUGAGAAUGGUGUGGAGCUUUUCUGUGAGGAGGAGUACGCAAGGACCUUCCCUCGCGGGAUCGGCCCCAAGCCGUUAGGGUUGAAAUCUGAGGCCUCCCGCGAGUCGGCUGUGGUCAUCAUGAACCACAUUAGCCUUGUUGAGAUCUUGAUGGAUGUGAACCAAUGGUCGAAUGUGUUUGCUAGCAUUGUUUCGCGAUCAGCGACUUUGGAGGUGUUGUCUACUGGUGUUGCAGGAAACUACAAUGGAGCUUUCCAAGUGAUGACUGCUGAAUUCCAAGUUCCUUCUCCUUUGGUCCCGACUCGGGAGAAUUACUUCGUGAGGUACUGCAAGCAACACCACGACGGGACUUGGGCCGUCGUUGAUGUGUCUUUAGACAACUUGAGGCCUGCUUCGAUCUCAAGAUGCAGGCGACGGCCGUCUGGCUGUCUGAUCCAGGAACUUCCUAAUGGAUACUCUAAGGUGACAUGGAUUGAGCAUGUGGAGGUGGACGACCGGGCCGUCCACAGCAUCUACAAGGCACUGGUGAAUUCUGGGCUCGCGUUUGGGGCGAAGCGCUGGGUGGCGACUCUUGACAGGCAAUGCGAGCGCCUUGCUAGUGUGAUGGCUAAUAAUAUCUCUGCAGGCGACGUUGGAGUGAUAUCUUCGCCAGAAGGUAGGAAGAGCAUGCUGAAGCUGGCUGAGAGGAUGGUGAUGAGUUUCUGCACGGGCGUGGGAGCUUCGACUGCGCAUACUUGGACGACGCUGUCGGGGAUAGGCGCGGAUGAUGUUCGUGUGAUGACUAGAAAGAGCAUGGAUGAUCCAGGCAGGCCACCCGGUAUCGUGCUCAGCGCUGCUACUUCCUUCUGGAUCCCUGUCCCGCCUAAGCGCGUCUUCGACUUCCUGCGCAACGAGAAUGCCAGAAACGAGACGAAGUGGGACAUCCUGUCGAACGGCGGCCUUGUUCAAGAAAUGGCGCACAUUGCCAACGGCCGCGAUCCAGGAAACUCGGUCUCCCUGCUCCGCGUCAACAGCGCGAAUUCGAGCCAGAGCAACAUGCUGAUACUGCAGGAGAGCAGCACUGAUGAGACCGGAUCGUACGUUAUCUACGCUCCCGUAGAUAUUCAUGCGAUGAACGUCGUGCUAAGUGGGGGCGACCCUGACUAUGUCGCCCUUCUCCCCUCGGGUUUCGCCAUACUCCCUGAUGGGCCUAGUGAGGAAGAUGGCGGAAUCCCUGAGGGGGUUUCGGGCGGAUCGCUCCUCACGGUGGCAUUCCAGAUACUUGUUGACUCCGUUCCAACGGCCAAGCUUUCGUUGGGAUCCGUGGCAACGGUGAACAGUCUCAUCAAAUGCACCGUGGAGAGGAUUAAGGCUGCCGUGGUAUGCGACGCCGCGUAGCAACCACCCUCAUGAAAGGAGUGACGGGGUGAAGUCAAGAACGCACCACAGCGGCAGGCGAUUAGGGUUCGAGUAUCGAUUCGGUCCGUUAACUGGAGACCGGAGUAAAAUAAAGAAGACCUAGCUCUAAUGGUGUGCUGCUCAAAUGUGUUGCGACUCUUUUCUUUGCCAAAUAAUUUCUUUCAUUUUAUUUCAGUUAAGGUUUUAAGUAGCCUACAGAACUUGCUUCUUAUUAACCAACUACAGUUUAUGUUCUUUUUUUGUUACAUUUCUAUUUUAUAGUAUCAUUUCAAUCUAUGAAGCAAUUUUACAUUUCUAUUUC